UGACAUCACAGUGAUUGCCACCUCCCUCAGACUACUUUAGGUCCUGCCCAGAGACCAGGAGUCCAGACAGCCUGGGAGACGAGCAGGAGUUGGAGCCCACGUUGGAGAGAGAGAGAGGAGAAGCCUACUGCAGCCCAGUGUGUCCUUGACCCUGUUCAGGAGGUAAGGACAAGCAGGAGGUCUUUUGUGUGCCCUCAGAAGUCUGCCUUCAGUUCUCACCAAGCUGCUCUGAGAAUGGAACGAUCCACCAGGGAGCUGUGUCUCAACUUCACCGUUGUCCUCGUUACAGUUAUCCUUAUAUGGCUCCUUGUGAGAUCCUAUCAGUACUGAGAUACCACAGCUCCUGGAAUUGACUGCAACACUCCAGAACUGUCUUCUGUAUGUGCUGAGAUCCCACUGCUGUCAUGGGAUGCCUUUUCUGGAACCCCACAGCACUUCUGACCUGUUCGCACAAUAUUUGGGCUGCCUCCAGUGCUAGGAUUGAUUGUGUGAUCUCUAAAGAUGCUACUCUCAAUGGCUGCCAAGUGUUUGCCAGGGAGCAUUAGAUUUAUUCCCCAACUCUUACUGCAAAUGUGUCAGACAAGCCACAAGGUUAAAAAUAAACUAGAUUCCUGAUGACAUAGAAUUCUAACAAGCGCCUGGUGUGUUUCACCACACAUCCCUUCAUCCCACACUCAGCAACCAAACUCUAAAUCAACUGCCAGAAGAAAGAAAUUGUUAAAGGAAGUCUUUGUCAGCUCCUAUAGCUAUCAUGUGAAUAAAGUUGUCAACCCCCAAAAA